AAAGUCAAAGGGCCAUAAAAUGAGGUAUGCUGGGAAACCUUCCUGCUCCACAAUCAGUCAAGGAAAUGCUCCUUCAGCAGUAGCAGGAGCUUCCACCGCAGAAACGGCUGUUCUCAGUCUAAAUACACAUUUCUGCAAUGCUGCAUUUGAGUAAGGGUGAUUUUGUAUGGGUGGACUCUGGUGCCGGGAUCCUGAUUGGGGCCGAGGUGAAAGUAACAGACACCGGGCAGCUUCGGCUGAUUGAUGAUGAAGGAAAGGAGCACAAGAUCAACAAGAAGAGCGAGGGCAGCAUCCGGCCCAUGCACCCCACCUCUGUGAAUGGUGUGGACGACAUGAUAAGACUGGGUGAUCUGAACGAGGCCGGACUCCUCAGGAACCUCCUAGUGCGGCACAAAGAGGGCAUCAUCUAUACCUACACAGGCUCCAUUCUGGUUGCUGUGAACCCUUACCAGCUGCUGCCCAUCUACACCACCGACCACGUGCACACGUACACAGACCGACGGCUGGGCGAGCUGCCGCCACACGUCUUCGCCCUCGCAGACGCCUGCUUCUUCAACAUGCGGCGCAACAAGAAAAACCAGUGCUGUGUCAUCAGUGGUGAAUCAGGAGCAGGAAAAACCGAAAGCACCAAGCUGAUGCUGCAGUUCCUGGCUGCAGUGAGCGGUCAGCACUCCUGGAUAGAGCAGCAGAUUCUUGAAGCAAACCCCAUCUUAGAGGCCUUUGGUAAUGCCAAAACCGUUCGCAAUGACAACUCCAGUCGGUUUGGGAAGUACAUUGACAUCAACUUCACCAAAGGCGGGGCCAUUGAAGGGGCCCGGGUGGAUCAGUACCUGCUGGAGAAGUCCAGAGUUUGCCGUCAGGCGCCUGAGGAGAGGAACUACCACGUCUUUUACUACAUGCUGAUGGGGAUGCCAGCAGAGCAGAAGAAGAUUCUGUCCCUUGGGAGCGCUGCUGAGUACAAGUAUCUGACCAUGGGUAACUGCACCAGCUGUGAGGGGCGUGAUGAUGUGAAGGAGUUCGCUCACUUCCGAGCGGCUCUGAAGAUCCUCAUGUUCACAGAAAAUGACUCCUGGGAAAUCUGCAAACUGCUCGCAGCCAUUCUUCACCUUGGCAAUGUGGACUUUGAGGGCACCAUAGUAAACAACCUGGAGGGCUGUGAAAUCCACAAAUCACCCCAUUUUGACAUGGCUUGCCAGCUUUUGGAGGUGGAUCCCACAGCGCUGGACAAGAGUCUGACUCAGCGCUCCUUCAUGACAGCCAGGGAAAGUGUGAUCAAAGGACUGACCUCCGCUCAGGCUCUGGAUGGCAGGGACGCCUUUGUCAAAGGUAUAUAUGGAAGACUUUUCAUUUGGGUGGUGGACAAAAUCAACGCUGCCAUUUACAAGCCGCCUGAAAACGAGAACGAGGUUCGACAGUCGAUAGGCCUCCUUGACAUCUUCGGCUUUGAGAACUUCAACAAAAACAGCUUUGAGCAGCUGUGCAUCAACUUUGCCAACGAGCAGCUACAGCAGUUCUUCGUCAAGCAUGUUUUCAAGCUCGAGCAGGAGGAGUACUCGCGUGAAAACAUCGUUUGGAAGCACAUCGACUACCAGGACAACCAACGCACCCUGGACGUGUUGGCCGUCAAACCUCUGAACAUGCUGUCACUCAUCGAUGAGGAGAGCAGCUUCCCCAAGGGCACAGAUGCCACCAUGCUCCAAAAGAUGAAUCAGCUUCAUGGGAAAGGGGAUAUUUACAUUCCCCCGAAGAACAACUAUGAGAAACAGUUUGGAAUUCAACAUUUUGCUGGUGUGGUCUAUUAUGACUCAGAAGGCUUCCUUGAGAAAAACCGUGACACCCUCAGCUUGGACCUGAUCCAACUGGUGGAGACCUCCGGCAACAAACUCCUCAAGCAGGCCUUUCACAAUGAGCUGUCCACCGGAUCUAAUACGAUCAAGAGCAGCGUCAACCCCAAGAUGGUCAUAACCACCACGCCCAAGAACAGCCUCCGGCAAGCGUCUGAUAACAAAAAACGAGUGCCGACUCUGGUUGGUCAGUUCCGUCAGUCUCUGGAUGCCCUGAUGAAAGCACUGACUGCAUGUCAGCCUUAUUUCAUACGCUGCAUUAAACCCAACGACUUCAAGAAGCCCAUGCUGUUUGACAGAGAGCUGGUCAUGCGCCAGCUCCGUUACUCUGGAAUGAUGGAGACCAUCCGGAUCAGGAAAGCCGGGUAUCCUGUUCGCUACACAUUCGAUGAGUUUCUAAAUCGUUACCGUGUCCUCCUGAAGAGUUCCAUCUGUGAUCCCAAAACUGAAAGCAAAGAGAAAUGCUGUGAAAGCAUUUGUAAAAGCAUGCUUACUGAAAAAGGCGACUGGAAGACUGGCAAGACAAAGAUAUUCCUCAAGGACUUCCAUGACACGAUGCUUGAACUGGAGCGAAUAAAAGAACUAAACCAGAAAGCACUUUUGAUCCAAAAAGUCAUGAGAGGCUACAAAUACAGGAGAGAAUUCCUGAGGAAAAAAGCAGCCGCGGUCAUGAUUCAGAAAUGCUGGAGAGGACACAAAGGCAGGAAGUUGUACAAAGUGGUGCAGCUGGGCUUCACGAGGCUGCAGGCACAAGUUCGCUCUCGUCAGCUCCACUUUCAGUACAAGAGGAAGAGGGAGGCAGCUCUGGUGCUGCAGACCCAGGUCAGAGGAUACCUGGCCAGGAAGGACUGGAAGCGCAAGAGAGACGCCGUGAUCCUGCUGCAGGCCCAAACUCGGGGGAUGCUGGCCAGGAAGGCUCUGGAAAAGAUGAAAAGAGAUAUGUACCUCUCUGCUAAAGAGAAGGAAGAAGAACGGCGGCUCGCUUUGCAGAGACAGAAACACUUAGAGGAAGUGUUAAGGAAGAAGAGAGAAGAGGAGGAAAAAGCACAAUCUGCAGCCAUCUCAGCCGAGGACAUUGUGGACGAUAUCUUUGGCUUCCUGCCCAGUAUUGUUGGAGGGCAGGAGGGGCAAGCACCUGUGGGAUUUGAGAGUUUGGAGGGGAAAAAAAGAAUUUUUGAGGAGAUAGACAUCGAUGACAUCCCCAUGGAGGAAGAUCUUUCCAAAGACGACUACGAUGACCUGGAUGAGUACUCCUUCUCCAAGUUUGCCUCCAUGUACUUCCAGGGUGCAGCCACCCCCACCCACAUCCGUCAGAGGCUUCUACAGCCGCUGCUCUACCAUGAGGAUGAGGGAGACGUUCUGGCUUCAUUGACCGUGUGGUGGAUCAUCCUGAGGUUCAUGGGAGAUCUCCCUGAGCCAAAGAAACAGGUCAAUGUUCAGGCAGCUUCCAGACAGGAACGACUUAUGCCGCAGGAACUCAUCUCCAGAACAGACAGACGUUUCAGCAAUAUGGUGGGCCUGGAUCAGAGGAUGCUAAGGAGUAAAAAAGACGGGGCGCCUUCAGACAUUCGGACAAGAAACAGGAAAGCUUCCGCCAUGCCCAAUGAGACAGCCCAAAACCCAAGAGCAUACACUGUACCAGAAAACAGCCCUAAAGCAAGGAAGGGAUCUACAUUCACUGACCUUCUGACCAGAAACAGAAAAACAUCCUCUGUUCAAGAAAAUGGAUUCCAGAGAUCCAAUUCUAACCAGAGGAAACCCUCGAUUAUCAUGGAGGAGUCAGAUGAUCAAACCGAAGUGUCCAAGACUCCAACCAUGCAGACUGUGCAGGAGGACGCUGAUGUUAUGAUUGGAGAAGGACCCACCCUGGACAGGCCCCUGACAUCUCUAGAAAAACUCCACAUCAUUGUGGGAUAUGCAAUUGUCAGACGUGACCUCAGGGAUGAGAUUUACUGUCAAAUCUGCAAGCAGCUUCAGGAUAAUAAGAAUCGUAACAGCUACUUCCGUGGUUGGAUCUUGCUGUCACUCUGUUUGGGUGUUUUUCCUCCAACCGAGCCCUUUCAAAAGUACCUCCAAAGCUUCAUCCGUUCUGCUCCGCGGGGCUAUGCUUCCUACUGUGCUACCAGGCUACGGCGCACCGUGAUGAACGGCAUGCGAGGGGAACCUCCAUCCUGGCUGGAGCUGCAGGCAACCAAGACACUGCAGCCCAUGAUUGUGACGGUGACACUGUUGGAUCGCCGCUCCAUUAACAUUCCUGUCGACUCAGCGACUACAUCCAGAGAGAUCUGCCAGCUGCUCGCCAGCAAAGUCAGACUCAAAGACACCUUCGGCUUCUCGCUCUAUGUCGCCUUGUAUGAAAAGGUUUGGGCUCUGGGCAGCGGCCGGGAACAUGUGAUGGACGCCAUCUCCCAGUGUGAGCAGGAAGUGAAGAAGAGGGGCGGCCAGGAGCAGCAUGCUCCCUGGCGUCUCCUCCUCCGUAAGGAGAUCUUCACCCCCUGGCACAACUGCAAAGAGGACAAGAUCAGCACCGACCUCAUCUAUAGACAGGUCAUCCACGGCCUGAAGUUUGGAGAGUACCAGACUGAAAAGGAGGAUGAUAUGGUUCAACUCGCUGCGAAACAUUUGUACAUUCAGCACGGCUCAGACAGCCACCCAGAUAAUGUAAGAGAAGCUGUGCAGGACUGCAUCAACAACCGUCUGCUGGAGGCCAGGUCAGAGGCCAAGUGGACUCAGAUGAUCAGCACAGCUCACGCUCAGGGUCUGUUUCUGAGUUCAAGAGAAAAGGCAGAUUCAGUGAAGGCGGAGAUGGUCGACUACGCCCGAGAGAAGUGGCCCAUAUUCUUCUCCAGAUUCUUCGAGGUCACCAAACUGUCAGGUCCACUGUCAAAGAGUAAAUUCAUUGUGGCCAUAAACUGGACUGGCAUCACAUUCCUGGAUGAGAGAGAGAAGAGGCUGCUGGAACUCUCCUUCCCAGAAGUCACUGCAGUCAACACCAUCAGGGAGGGUAAAUCAUCUGAGCAGACUGUGAGUCUGCUGACACUGAAAGGAGACUUCACCCUGACCGGAUCCGCAGUUGAGGACAUGUCUGAGCUGAUUACCAUGUUCCUCAGUGGGCUGAAAGAGCGUUCCCAGUACGCUGUGGCUCUGAAGGACGUCGACAGGCAAGAUGACCCCAUGUUCCUCAGCUUUAAGAAAGGAGAGCUCAUUAUACUUAUCAAAGACGAUGAGUUCUCUGAGCAGCGAGGCUGGGUAAAGGGCCAGAAGGAGAACUUAAAACACACUGGAGCUGUUCCCAUUGAGGCCAUCUUGAUCUUGCCAACGCUCAGCAAACCUUCCAAUGAGAUCAUGAGCCUCCUCACACUGACUCCAAACCAGAGGAAGACAAUCCUGCAGACAAACCAGAAUGCAACAGGCACAGUGGAGAGAAUGGCUCCGUUCUCGCUCAAAGAAUUCUCUCUCCAGUAUUUCAGGCAGCCCAUUAAGGAUGUGAACCGUCAGGUGAUUUCUAGGAACGCUGCUCCAGAGAGGCUGUGGGUCAGUUCCAGAGAGCCAAUCAGACAGCCGCUCCUCAAGAAGCUGGUGGGCAACUCAGAGUUCAGCCCCAAAGCCUGUCUGGCCUUCACUGCCAUCCUCAAGUAUAUGGGAGAUUACCCCACCAAGCAGAUGCAGAGUCCUUUGGAGCUCACUGACCAGAUCUUCGGCCCCGCCACUCAACACGAGGCGCUCCGAGAUGAGAUCUACUGCCAGAUCAUGAAGCAGAUGACCAGCAAUAACAACCGGUUCAGCAUGGAGCAGGGCUGGCAGCUGCUGUGGCUCUGCUGUGGCCUGUUUCCUCCCAGCCAGGCUCUUCUGAAGCACGCUCAGCGAUUUCUGGAGUCACGGCGCAGAACGCCCAUUGCCUCCGACUGUCUGCAGCGGCUGCAGAGCUCUCUGAGGAUGGAGCCUAGGAAGUUCCCACCUCACCAGGUGGAGGUGGACGCCAUCCAACAGAACAGUACUCAGAUCUUCCAUAAAAUCCACUUCCCCAACGACACAGAUGAGAUAUUUGAGGUGUCGACCAGCACCAGGAUCAGGGAUCUCAUCCAGAACAUUUCCAAGAAGCUCCACUUGGCUUCAGCAGACGGCUUCAGCAUUUUUGUCAAAACACAUGACAAGGUUCUCAGUUUGAAUGAUGCAGACUACUUCUUUGAUAGUCUGAGACAAAUCACCGACUGGUCCAAGAGAGCCAAGAGGAUUAAAGAUGGUGGGCCACUGAAUAUAUCCUACCUUGUGUUCUUCAUGAGGAAGUUGUGGUUCAAUGUGAUCCCUGGCAGAGACACAGAGGCUGAUCUCAUUUUCCAUUUCCCGCAGGAGAUGCCUAAGUACCUGAGAGGCUUUCAUGUUUGCACCAAAGAGGACAUGAUCAACAUUGCAGGUCUCCUCUUCAGGGUGAAGGUCGGCAGUGACAAGACCCAGUUAGUCAUGAUUCCCAAGAUGAUAAAGGAUCUGGUGCCUGCUGACCAGCUGAAGGCCAUGUCUGAAAACGAGUGGAAGAAGAGCAUUGCUGCCUCUUACAACAAACACGCUGGUAUGACUGUUGAAGAAGCUCAGGUGGCAUUUCUGAAGGCGGUUUGUCGCUGGCCGACGUUUGGCUGUGCUUUCUUUGAAGUGAAGCAAACAUCAGAGCAAAAUUUCCCAGAUAUCGUGCGAAUAUCCAUCAGCAAGCAAGGAGUCACAGUCAUCAACCCUAAAACUAAGGAUGUUUUGGCGACUCAUCCAUUCAACCGCAUCGCUAACUGGUGCAGUGGAAGCACCUACUUUCACAUGACUGUUGGCAAUCUAGUGAAAGGAAACAAAUUUCUGUGUGAAACUUCACUGGGCUACAAGAUGGACGAUCUUAUAGCCUCUUAUGUCAACAUGUACAACAGAGAGAGGAGGGCCAUGCAAACUAGGAACCAGCGCUUCGACAUGUAAAGAUUUAAAACUGUGCUCACAAAGAGGCAGAGCAGGAAGUGUUCUCUGUUGUUGAAAGAGCGAUCAACUGUAUUUGAUUCAUUCUCACUCUUUAUUUAAAGCUGCAAUCCUUUGACAUGUAUUCAAAUAACAUAAUAACUGAAAGUACAUUCACACAUUUGCUCAUGGCCUUAACCUGAAGAGGAGUUAGUGUCUUUGGUGUCUUUAAUGAUCCAUGAAUGAUGUUCACUAAUGCAUUUUUCUAUCAAGAAUCAAAAAUGUUGAUGUAAAACAGUGUUAAACAAUAACUAUAGGCCAAAUUAUAUAAAUGUGAGUAUCCUAUAUUUAAUUUAGAGAUCAUCAUUAAUCUAAAAUUUGCUCUUGAAAUACUGUUUGUACAAAUGCUGUUUCCAUUACAUUCUUAAUUUCCUCUAAUCCACUAAUGUAUGUUGCGUUUAUGUGCUGCUAGAAUAAUGAAGAAUCUGGCCUUUCUGUGCAUUUAUAUUGAAUUUCCAUUUGGGAAAAUGUUCCUGUUUUUUUCCCGAGCAUGGGGUAUUUAAUCUGUAUUUAGUCUACAAAAUUUCUCAAAUAAUUUCAAACAUAUACAUGCACAGGAUUCAUUGUUUUGGAUAUAUAUUUAAUUUUAGUGUAGGAUAAAAAAAAAAACUUAAUUUAUUCACUAAUUUGUCAUAUACAUUUGUAAAUGUUUUACUUGUGGAUCAGGAAACACAAAUUUGUCACUAAUUUUGAGAUUCAUACUUGUUCAUAUUAGUCUACCUGACUUAAAAACAUUAAAGGUGCCUUGUGGAAUUUU